AUGACCAAUCUACUUCCCAGACUUGUUGCCCGCGAUAACAGCGAUGGCGGCCUUUCCAAUACUAUGCUCGACCUGAUGAUUGCCCUCCUCGUGCUCGUUCUCCUGGGCCUUGCCCUAGUUGGUGGACUGCUGAUCCUCCGCCGCAAGAAGCGUAACAACCGCAAUCAGAAUCUGCUCCCUGUCUAUAAUGGCCAAUCCCCUGACCACCGCCGCCGCUUGACCAUCUCCACCAACAAAACCGAUUCUGUCAUGGUUUAUGACGAAAAGCGAAGCCUGAUGGAGAACUCCGAUAGCCCCCCUCCCAGCCCUGUUCCCGAGAUCCGAAUCACUUUCCCCGAAGAAGAGGAUGAAAGUGGUAAGCGCAAGUCCGGACGCAUGGUCAUCGUGAGAAUCAGCGAUGCUGGCAGCGUCGGCCUGGAGCCCUGUCACGAAGAACUCCCUCCCUACCAAUCUAACGACACUGGUCGUUUCCAAUCCCUCGACAUUGAGCGCAUGGGUGGACUCAAGGAGAAGGAAGAGACAUACCGUUAA